AUGGGUUGGAGUAGGCGUGGGAAUGGUCGAAGCUAUAAUAGCUUGAAUGGCUACGGUGCGAUUAUUGGCUUCUUAAGCGGAAAAGUGUUGGAUUUUGCAACACGAAGUCGCAAGUGCAAACGCUGUGAUAGUGGUAUCACUCAAGAACAUCACGAUAGCCGGUUAAAUUUUACUGGAAGUGCCAAAGCGAUGGAAGCCAGUGUUGGUGCAGAGCUGGUCAAUAACAGCACAAUAUUAAAAGAAGCCAAGCUGAAUGUUCGUGUACUCAUUGGGGAUGAUGACAGCUCCACGAUAGCUGCUGUCCAACGAGGAAACCCUGAAACGAUUUUUAAACUCUCUGAUAUGAAUCAUCUUCGGAAGCACUUUUUAAGCAAAACCAAGGUAAAACAGCGGAUUUGGCAGCUGCCUUACGCAAUAUUCCUGAUCAUGUUUUUGGAGCGCACGAGAAUUGUGGACAGUGGUGUCGCGGAUCCCAAGGACGUCACGUCAUUCAAUCAAAGCAACGAGAGCUUGAAUAAUAUAAUGGCUCAUAAGGCACUAAAAAAUCAAUGUUACAGCCUCAGUGAAUCAGCUGAUUAUCGUAUGGCGAGUUCUGUGAUUGCGAAAAAUGAUGGAGAAAAGUAUAUAUUGAAUGUCCGAGAAAAACUAUCGAUGCCAAGUGGAAUACAUGCGUCACGUCAUGCAGAAAGUCGAGAAAAAAUCAAACAACGAAGAAUAGUUAAAGCUCGUUUACCAUCAACCAAAAUUCGGCGAAAUUUGUUGUCUCUGAAACGAGAUUCGUGGAGAAAAAAGAAAGAAGAAAUCGAAGGCGUGCAGUAUCAGUCAAACUGUGGUAUGGAUCUUGAUACAGAGGAUUUGGAUUCUAUUAUUGAUUCACCUUUCAUUGUUAAUGAUCUACCGACUAUUUUCUUGACAACCGAAAGUUGUAAUAUCAUUUUCUUUGAUCUGGAGACGUCGGGUUUAGCGAGUACUAGCGAUAUUUUGCAAAUUGCUGCCAAGUUGGGAGAGCACACGUGCAAUAUCUACAUAACUCCCACGCAACCAGUAGACCCUCGUGCAUUCAUGGCUACAGGGUUACAAAAUGUCAAUGGAAAGCUGUACUGUCGCAGAAAACAAGUCAACUCUGUUCCUCUGACAGACGCAUUGAUUCAAUUUCAGCAGUUCUUGAAUUUAUCUUCCAUGCCCUGCAUACUUGUUGCCCACAAUUGCAAAUUCGACUCUUCUCUUUUACUUAAGGCAAUAAUACAUAAUUCAAUGGUAGAGCAAUUCGCAAAAAUCGCUGGUUUCUGUGACAGUUUAAAUUUGUUAAAAAAGCGUUUUCCCAAUCGCAAAGGUAAAGGUUUGUUUAAAUUGGAAAUUUUAGCCAGAGAUUUACUUCAGGUUCAAUUAAACAACAAGUUUCACGAAGCUACGUAUGACGUACAAAUGUUGGAACAACUAACGUCUACCUUUCUUUUAAAAUCAGAUUUGAUCGCUAAUUGCAAGGAUUACAAAGCGUCUGUCUCAUCAAAACUAAUGCAACCCCACUUGAGUAACCUCAAAAACGUUGUAUCCCCUUCGAUCUUGAACAAAUUAAUCACAGCAAGAUUAACUUACGGGAUAUUGAAAAAAGUGUACGCAGAGCAAAACCGCGAAGGUAUCGCGAUAUUAUUAUCUAAAAAAGAUGCUAAUAAUAAGACAACCGUUACCAAAGACAAAAGGGCACGAAAACGUAGGCGAAAAAUACUGGAGCAAAAUGCAGGAUUACGAAGCCAGCAUGCCCGCGUUUCGCUCAUCAGCUGGUCUACGACUACUUUCAACUACUCGCAUCCGUCAUAUUCCGGGAACAGGAGUCAGCCCGAAACAUCGAUUUAUCGUCGUCUUCGAGCACCGAGGAUUCCGAAACAUUUGAAAAAAUUGCAAGAAAACUUCACGUCCGUCGAGCCGAAUUGUAUGAUAAGUUGA